CAAAACAAACCAAGGAGAACAUAGAAGGCCAUAAAGGGAUGUGUCUAUCGGUUUCCCUAGCAACGCAGUAGACUGUUAUUUUCAAGGCACUAAGUACCUAAAGCUGUAAUCAGCACAACAACCAUUGAAUAUGGUUCGCAUUACCGAGGAGUUGAUCCGCAAGAAGGCCGAGCACAACGAGCGGCUCAUCAGCACCCUGGAAGAGGUCUCGCUGCACCAGGAGGACAUCGAGGUGAUCGAACACAUUGGAAACUGGUGCCGGGACCUGAAGAUUCUCCUCUUGCAAUCAAAUCUCAUCGGUCGCCUGGAAAAUCUGCACAAACUUAAGCGCUUGGAGUACCUAAAUUGCGCCGUCAACAAUAUCGAGCGUAUCGAGAACCUGGAGGGCUGCGAAUCUCUCAAGAAACUAGAUCUCACCUUAAAUUUCAUUGGUCAAGUGACUUCUGUGGAGUCCUUAAAAGGGAACAUCAACCUAAGGGAGUUGCUGUUGAUAGGAAACCCGUGCGUUGAUUAUCCCAACUACCGGGACUAUGUGAUAGCCACUCUGCCGCAGCUGGAGAGCUUGGAUUCUGUUGAGGUCACGCCCUCAGAGCGUCUGCAAGCGUGUCGCGAGCUAGUCGCCAACCGUGCCAACAUGGUUCAGUGUCAGGCGAAUCAGGCCAUAGAGCGGGAUGAGCAACGAAUCCGUGUAGCCGAUCAGCAGCGGGCUUUGGCGCAGCACUGUGCCUCAAUUGAGGACGAGGAGGAGCGCAUCAAGGCCUUCUGGCAGGCCAAGAGUGAGCACUGUCCUGAAAUCCGCACCGAGAUCGCCAGGCAGCAUCGCCUUGGACGCGAGCGUCACGAACCAAAGUCCAAGGAAACGGUUCCAAAGAGGCCGCGCCAUCUCUUCGCUCCCUGUGGAAGGCCGUACAAUUUGAAUCAGGCCAAGCUGCGUUUCAACUUUCAAGACGAGCCGGAUCACUACCUACUGCAUCUAGAGAUUUAUAGACAUUUGGACACUUCCCUAAUCGACGUAGACGUGGAGCCCUUCUACGCCCGAGUAACCGUCAAGAAGAAAAUCUUCCAGAUAGCGUACAACGACGAAGUGAAGCCGGGUGAAACGUUGGUGCAGCGCUCCCAGGCCACAGGUCAUCUCGUGGUUACUUUGAGGAAGCUAAUGGUGAAUGAAGUGCUCCUGAGCGCCAAGAAGAGUCAGUCCCAGAGUCCAAGCGAUAAGGUGGAGCCGGUCGCCAGAGAUACUGGCGAGAUAGAACUCCGUGGAGUGGUCGACAUCAAGAACAUAUGUCCACCCCCCGAUCUGCCGGACUUGAUAUAGUUAAGAACGCAGCAGGAUAUUAUUUAAAAAUGGUUUAUUGAAAUAUUUGUCGGUUUUGGUUUGUUUUCUCCUUCAAUUCAAUCAUUGUUUUGUGUUUGGUGUUUGCGCCAAGCUCUCAGCCAGUCGUCUAAAGAGAGUCGUCCAUCGGCCUUCUAGUGACCACCAGCCUGAUGGGAUGUCUAUAUGUGGAUGUGACUACACGUGUGUAUCUGGGUGCGUGUUUAUAAAAACAUUCAAUAUUUAAAUGUAGUUACAUGGCCAUUACAUAAAUACCAUAAUGAACAAUAAACAAGCACAUAUGAGGGAGAGAAAUCGAAACAGAAAUUGUGUUCCCAAAUAUUCGA